AUGGCUAAUCAUCAUAAACAAGAUACAUCUAUUAAGUUACAUGAACUACUCUAUGCACUCAAAUCUAAUGAUUAUUCAACCAUUGCUGCAUCUCAACCAUAUGAACAAUCCCAUCAAACUUUUUAUCAUCAAUCUUAUCAACAAUAUUAUCAAUUGUCACAUAGACCACAACAGUUUAUACAAUAUUGUCAUAAUCAAAUUAUUGGUAAUUAA